GUCCCUAGCGAGCCGGGGCUUGGAAAGCGGGCUCGAAACGAACUACUUCUCCCAUCAUGCCAGGGGACAGCUCCACCCGCUCCACCCUGGGAGUCGUAGUCUUCCGCCCCUCGGAGCCCACUGCAAGCUCGGUUGUGAACCCUGUUACCCAGAAGACCGCGCACUGCCGCUGCCGAAACCGGGAUUCUCCAAUUAAUCCUCACCGCCCGCAUUUAGCGGAACGUGUUGGCACGGCCCACAAGGCUCUGCGGGGCUGCACGAGGCUAGUUGCUAAGCAAGGCUACUGUGGUCAACUGCCGCCUGGGCCACGGCGACAGGAAUUUUCAGAUCUGUUGCUACUCCAAGGUCCCCAUCAUGCCUCACAUCGACAGUGACAUCAAACUGGACUUCAAGGAUGUCUUGUUGAGGCCCAAACGCAGUACCCUUAAGUCUCGAAGUGAGGUGGAUCUCACAAGAUCCUUUUCAUUUCGGAACUCAAAGCAGGUGUACACUGGGAUCCCCAUCAUUGCUGCCAACAUGGAUACUGUGGGCACCUUUGAGAUGGCCAAGGUUCUCUGUAAGUUCUCCCUCUUCACAGCUGUCCAUAAACACUACAGCCUCCAGCAGUGGAAAGAAUUUGCUAGCCAGAAUCCUGACUGUCUUGAGCAUUUAGCUGCCAGCUCAGGCACAGGCUCUUCGGACUUUGAGCAGCUGGAACAGAUCCUGGAAGCUAUUCCCCAGGUGAAGUAUAUAUGCCUGGACGUGGCAAACGGCUACUCUGAACACUUUGUUGAGUUUGUAAAGGAUGUGCGGAAGCGCUUCCCCGAACACACCAUCAUGGCAGGGAAUGUAGUAACAGGAGAGAUGGUGGAAGAGCUGAUCCUAUCUGGGGCUGAUAUCAUCAAAGUGGGAAUCGGACCAGGUAAGGUGGUUCACUGGGUGCCAAAGGCUACCUGUCUGGUGUCAAACGCCUGUGAACACUUCACCAUUCUCAUUGCGUUCUUCUCAGGCUCUGUGUGCACCACCCGGAAGAAAACUGGAGUGGGGUACCCACAGCUCAGUGCAGUGAUGGAGUGUGCAGAUGCUGCUCAUGGCCUCAAGGGCCACAUCAUUUCAGAUGGAGGCUGCAGCUGUCCUGGGGAUGUGGCCAAGGCUUUCGGGGCAGGAGCUGACUUUGUGAUGCUGGGUGGCAUGCUGGCUGGGCACAGUGAAUCAGGUGGUGAGCUCAUCGAGAGAGAUGGCAAGAAGUACAAGCUCUUUUAUGGGAUGAGUUCUGAAAUGGCCAUGAAGAAGUAUGCUGGGGGAGUGGCUGAGUACAGGGCCUCAGAGGGAAAGACGGUGGAGGUGCCCUUUAAAGGGGAUGUGGAACAUACCAUCCGAGACAUCCUUGGAGGCAUCCGCUCCACAUGUACCUACGUGGGAGCAGCUAAACUGAAGGAGUUGAGCCGGAGAACCACCUUCAUCCGGGUCACCCAGCAGGUGAAUCCAAUCUUCAGUGAUGAGAGCUAGACCUGAGCAGCUGUGCCCUCUCAAGGCACUAGCACCUCCCAAGUGGGUUCCUCACCCAUCCGAACUACUAUGGCUAUUUAUCACUCAGUCAUUUCCUGUUGUCUCACUGCUGAGGGCUCCUGCAGUAAUUCUGUACUCUGUACACACAUAAUGCCCAGGGCACACACUGGGGAGGAAGCGAGGCAGCCAAGCUAAGAAAAUGAAGACAGUCAAAUGCACACUGGGGACCCAGCAUCCUGAAGAUUAUUAAAAGGAAAAGAUGCUGGUUCCUACCUAGGUGUUUAAUAUGGCUUUGAUCUGGAAGAGUUAGGCUCUUGAAAUCAUAUUUUGGUAAUAGGAGCUUUGAAUACCUAAAAAGCUCAGAAGUGUUGACGCAUUUUAAAUAUCUCAAUAAAGAGAUCUCAGUGACCUUAAA